UUUGAUUUUCCGAGAACAAUAUUUUCCGGGUGUUUUAAGCUAGGAAAAUGAACGAUUUUAAUCACAAAAGUGUGUUUGUACUGGACCACACGCCCUACUUUGGCAUCUCCAGCCAAACCAGCGUGAAUCUGGACUUCCUGACCUCCAAAUCUAUGCUCCCAGCGUCGCCCCUGCCCAUCAUUAGCAAAUCCCUUUGGACGUGUUCCGUGGAGGCAACAGUGGAGUACUGCCGGAUUGUGUGGGAUCUCUUCCCGAUGGGGAAAUUCGUACGCUUCAUUGUGAGUGACAGUGCGGCUCACAUCGUGAACACCUGGAAUGCCACCACGCAGAACACUGUUCACGUUCUCAAUGCCAUGUCAAUGAUCGGAACCCCGCCACGAUCUACUGGCCAGGUGACGGAAUAUUCGGUUAUUCAUGGGCUAAGGGCGGCUAUUGAGGCUCUUGCGGAGGCCACGGAAUUCCAGAGGGAUUCCAUUACAACCAUCCACGCGGGUGACAGCAAGAAGUUGAUCAAUCGUGGCAGAAUAAUCUGCAUCACCUCGGCCAGGGAUGAUGCCAGCAUGAAGAGCUUGGAGGAUAUUGUUCACACGGUUCUCAUUCAGCAGAACACCAUCUCAGCCGCGCAUGAGGAUUCCCUUAUGAUCUCUCACGUGCACCUGGUCAUUGUUAACAUAUGUCCAGCAAAUACGGAACUCCUGGUCUCCAAUAGACCCCUGAGGGACAUUUCGCCCAUCUUCAAGUCUGAAAUUCACUCUGUCCGUGCUUCUGACAUCUCAAACCUCCUCACACAUCUCAUCUUGUCGCACUACGACCUGGCCAGCACCACUGUUACUGGUAUCCCGAUGAAGGAGGAGCAAAAUGCCAGCUCUAGUGCCAAUUAUGACGUUGAGAUCUUCCACAGUAGCAUCGCUCAUUCAGUCAUCCUGGGCAAUGAGCUAAUCCUGCCCAAGAGCACGAAGGAGGGGGCAAAUUAUGAGACAGUCACCCUGAAGUGGUGCACCCCACGUGGCUGUGGAUCAUCAGAGAUGCAGCCAUGCCUGGCACAGUAUCGUGUAACACCCGUGGAUGUGACUUCCCGCCCAAGUUCCUGCCUCAUUAACUUCCUCCUCAACGGGCGCUCCGUGUUGCUGGAAAUGCCACGGAAGUCCGGAGGGAAGCUCACGAGUCACUUGCUUUCUGCCCACGGCGGGGAGAUCUUCAUUCAUUCCCUCAGUAUUGCACGGAGUUCCCUCGAGGAUCCCCCAUCAAUAUCCGAAGGUGUUGGUGGGCGAAUAACUGACUACAGAAUUCCCGAUUUUGGCACUCUCAUGCAGCGCUUCAAGUUAAUCCCCCUCAGACCCACACCUGAGCGUCCGAGGGAUGAGAAUCUCUCCAAAUUACGGAGAAAGAUCUAUCGGAACACGAAGUACUGGCCAAUUACCCUUGGAUCGACUAUUCUCUACAGCGUUCGGCAAUUUCUCGAUCCUCUUCUCACGCUCAUCGCCAAGCCAGAGCUCACGGAUGAGGAUAUCAUUCAGUGUCAGCAGGUGGUGUACAAUCUAGUGGGUCUGGAGGCACGGCAUGAGCAUCUGCCGCUUCCGAGUAUGGGACACAGGCUCAAAGGGAGUAAAAAGGAGGAUCAGUACCGUCUCUUUUGGUCUGAACUUGAAAUUCUUGUGGCAACGUCCGGAAGCUCCGUUGGGCACAAAACUGUCCUUGCCUGCAUCCGUGAAUGCCGAUCUCGUGGAUCAGAUUCCACGGAGAAGUUCACAUUUGAUCCAGCUCACAGAGAAUUUGACGCUCAAGAAGCCGCGCACAAGAGCAACGUAAUCAGGGCUACAACAGACUCCCCCAUGUCGCCCCCAUCAGCUGUGGAUAUGUCAGCAAUUGGGAAGAAGCUCACGAGUGGUGAGAAUAAAUCCCUCCUGGACAUCAUUACAGCUUCGGAGAAGAAUGUCGCGCAGAAACGUCUGGACUUCGGCGGGAGACUCUGUACACCUCCCGGACAGAUAGCCAAGCUAUAUUCGAAUCUCGGGGCAAAGGACACCACAGCGAGGGAAGUGGAAAUGAAAUAGGAAGCCGGAGAAUUUUUCCAUGGGUAAAUAAUACAAAAAGCUUUUUUCAAAUUGAA